UUUGGACACAAAUGACAACGCUCCUAUUUUUGACAAAGUUAGUUUGAAUGUAAAAAUUAUGGAAAAUUCUCCAAUUGGAAGCCUUGUUGUUGAUCUCAAUGUAACAGACUUAGACGAGGGGUCAAAUUCUGAUAUUACCUACUCAUAUAGCUUAUAUACUUCAGAGAAAACGCAAGAAACAUUUAAUUUGAAUCCUUCCACUGGUGAAAUUACUGUCAAAGAAUUGUUAAAUUAUGAGGAUUUCAGGAUUUACGAUAUGGAAAUUAUAGCUACUGAUAAAGGAGCCAAUAGUUUAUCAGGACAAUGUACUAUAAAGAUUCUGGUUGAAGACAUGAACGACAACCAUCCAAAAUUAUCUAUUAAAUCAUUUCGAAGUCCAGUCAAUGAAAACAUAGAGAUAGACACAGUGAUAGCAGUAGUUAGUGUCAGUGAUAAAGACUCAGGUGAUAAUGGAGUGGUUGAUCUUCAUAUUCCAGAUAACAUGCCUUUCAAACUGAGGGAGUCCUCUGAUAACUAUUAUGAAUUAGUGGUGUCAGAGCCAUUAGACCGUGAGAAGGUUCCAGAAUAUGACAUCACGUUCACUGUGACAGACAGAGGUUCUCCUCCUUUAUCUGACAAUGAAACUAUGACGUUAGAGCUGCUGGAUGUGAAUGACAAUGUCCCACAGUUCCCUCAGUCAUUUUAUACUAUACGUGUAAUGGAGAAUAACGCACCUGGGGCCUUGCUCAGUUCUCUUACUGCGUUUGAUCCUGACCUCCAUGAAAACCAGUAUCUAGUUUAUUUCAUCCUAGAGAAGGAGAUAGCCAACACCUCCAUGUCCAUGCUGUUCUCCAUCAAUCCAGAGAACGGUAAUCUUUACGCACUAAAAACCUUUGACUAUGAGAUCGAGAAGGAGUUUCUUUUCCACAUCGAGGCCAGAGACUCUGGCUCUCCUCCACUCAGCAGCAACGUGACGGUCCACAUCAUCAUUGUAGACCAGAACGACAACGCUCCGGUUAUUGUUUCUCCGUGGCGCGCGCACGGUUCUGUGGUGGAGGAAAAGAUCCCCAGAUCCACCGAUAAAGGCUCUCUGGUUGCCAAGGUGAUAGCCUUAGACACCGACUCGGUGCACAACUCUCGGAUAACCUACCAGUUUCUCCAGGUGACUGAC